GCAUCAACUCGUUGUCCAACUCAAACAAUCUCAGCCGCAGAUCCCUUUGAUCUAAAAAAUGAACGGAUAAUAGACCGCGAGUCCGCUGGUUCUCAUCCCUCGCCAAAGCAACGUUAGCGAAUAUUCCUUUAUCUUCAGCUGGUUCGGGGCCACUCCGCCAAUUACUAGAGUUAGUUGUCCCGAGUACUUAUUUAUCGUCCAGAGAUCCCAACUCUAAUCUUGGGUAAGUAGUAAGAAUGGCGGAUCAGACAGAGACGAAAACGCUAGAAUCAGAGAGGCCGGCGCCGGCUCCAGCUCCGGUUCCGGCUCCAGCUCCGGUUCCUGCUCCAGCUCCGGUUCCUGCUCCAGCUCCGGCUCCUGAUGCCGCUCCGGCUCAUGCUCCGGCAGAAAUUCCGAAGGGCGUCGCAGAGGAGAAGCUUGCGAUUCCCCCGUCGGAAGAGAAGGCCGAUGAGUCCAAAGCUCUCACUGUCGUCGAGAAGAAACCAGAUCCUGCAAUGGAGAAAAAACCUUCAAGAGGAUCAAUUGACAGAGAUGUUGCUCUGGCAGAGGUUGAAAAGGAAAAGAAGUUGUCUUUUAUCAAGGCAUGGGAAGAAAGUGAAAAAACUCAGGCAGAGAACAAGGCCCAGAAAAAGCUAUCUGCCGUUGCUUCCUGGGAAAACAGCAAGAAAGCAGCUGUGGAAGCCCAACUUAGAAAAAUUGAGGAACAAUUGGAGAAGAGGAAGGCAGAUAAUGCAGAAAAAAUGAAAAACAAGGUAGCCUUAAUUCACAAGCAAGCAGAAGAAAGGAGGGCCAUGGUUGAAGCUAAACGUGGGGAAGAUCUUCUUAAGGCAGAGGAGAUGGCUGCGAAAUUCCGUGCAACUGGGCACACUCCCAAAAAGCUCCUCGGUUGCUUCCGUGGUUAAAAUUUUUGCUUCUGGUAUGGAAGUAGUAUGAACAAUUUUACGUUUCCACAUGUAUAUUUUUCUUGCUUCUUCUAAAGCCUUUUUGAGUGUUCUGUUGAUUGGAAAUCAAGGGUUGGUAAUUAUUGUGUUUGUUGUAUAGUUGGCAUAUAUCUUUAAUAUGUGGAGAUACACAAGUCCAAUUAUCCUUUCGAGUAAUGGACAAUUUGCAUUUGAAUCUA